UAUUAUGCUGUGGUUAAUGUAGUUAAAGCAUAGAGUUAAAGAUGGCGGAGUCAGAAGAGUCUAAAACAAUAUGCAAGUUUCUUUUUAAGAAAUCAAAUAAGAAAUUUUCUGCACGGAAAAGAAAUGCAAGCGAUAGCGAUAAAGACAGAAGUAGCGGCGAGGAGGGCAGUGCUGUGGUCAGAAAGAAGAAAGCUGCUAUCACUAACCCCAUGAUUCAGAAAACAAAGAAAGUGGAGAGGGAAGCAGUCUCAUCAAGUGAAAGUGAAGAGGAUAAAGAAGUCAAGAGUGUCACUGUCGCGUACAAGUCCACCCGGUCAGCGAAACCAGAGGGACCAGAUGACAUGGGGGCCACUGCUGUCUAUGAGUUGGACACAGAGAGGGACAAAGAUGCUCAGGCAAUCUUUGAGCGCAGCCAGAAGAUUCAAGAGGAGUUGACUGGUAAAGAUGAUGAUAAGAUUUAUCGUGGCAUCAACAACUACCAUAAAUACAUCAAGCCCAAAGAUUCCACCAUGGGCAACGCCUCCUCUGGUAUGGUCAGGAAAGGGCCAAUCAGAGCCCCUGAGCACCUCAGGGCUACAGUCCGGUGGGAUUACCAGCCUGACAUUUGUAAAGACUAUAAAGAGACGGGCUUCUGUGGGUUUGGAGACAGCUGUAAGUUUCUGCAUGACCGCUCAGACUACAAGCACGGCUGGCAGAUUGAGCGAGAGCUCGAAGAAGGAAGAUAUGGGGCAAACGACGAUGAGAACUAUGAAGUGAGCAGCGACGAGGAAGAUCUUCCUUUCAAGUGUUUCAUUUGCAGAGAGUCCUUUAAGAACCCCAUUAUUACAAAGUGCCGGCACUACUUCUGCGAGGCCUGUGCUCUCCAGCACUACCGUAAAUCUAAGCGCUGUUAUGUUUGUAACCAGCAGACCAAUGGCGUCUUCAACCCAGCCAAAGAGCUCAUGGCUAAGAUGCAGAAACAGCAGGCAGCUGCUGACCAGCCUCCCUCUGAUGAGGAUGACUAGCACCACACAUCCCCCCCUUUCUGUUUUCUACUUUAAUCAUUCAGAUUCCAGCUGUGUUGUAAAUUUUCAGAACCUUUGAAAUAAACGAGCACUCUUUUGUAGAACACUUUUUUUUCAUGAUUCUCAGAAAUCUCCCAGGAUGAGAACUCGACAAUCUGUACGUCGUUCACUAGAGACACACAUUAUUGGCCAAUUUUUUACACCAAGUCAAGAAUAAGAACUGAAAUGAGAUUAAUGAAGUCCACACCACAGCUAUAAUGGUAAUGACGCAAAGGAGCAAUAUCAUUGUAAUUACUUUCAGAACAAUUGUUUUCCAGCUGUGAUAAUGUUGGAAGACUAAAAAGCUGCCCUCGGGGAGAGGCUGUAUUACUCCGAGUUAGUAUUAAUGAUCCUGUGUUGGACCAGCGCACACCUGAGAAGGACGUGAGAGUGUAUAGAUGUUAAAGACCUGUGUGUUCAUGUGUGAUUGAGGUAGUGAUAGUAGCUUCUUGACGGGAUGCCGUCACCAUACUUCAGGGAAGUAUUGUAUUUUUAUUGUAAGUAUUCAGGGAAUUACCUUGAGAUACUGUAGUUAUUAUUAUUAACAACUGGAAGUUGUUUAAAUUGUCCAUGGUGAAGAAGUCAGAUUUAGUGGCUUGUAUUCGUAUUAAGAACUUCUAUGACACUCCCUCUUAUAAACUGCAUAGUAUGUAAUGAAAUCAUGAUUGCAGAUGCUGUUUUUCAAAACAAGUUGUACUGUAAUGAACAUUCUAAAUAUUUAAAAAAAAAAAAUUCUAUAACAGCAAACAUCAUCAAUGGCAACAUUUAUUCCAUUUGACCAAAAUGUAAAUAUGCUGAAAAAAUACACAGACGGUCCAUUGAAGUACUUCCUUCUGUAACGCAUGCCAAGAAAAAAAAUUAAUCUUAUCAAAAAUACAACAGAAUUAUUAAUUUUAAACUAACAACUGCA